CUGUCUUCCACACCACGUCACUAAAGCUACAUACACAUCUAUUAGGUAAAACUUGACCUGCAUGCCACACAGUCUGAGGGAUAUGACCGCCCUCAGACUCCUAUAAAAUGCCCAGGUGUCUCAGACAGAGGCACUCCUUGUAGACUCCAGCUCCAACCAGCCCUGUGCCAGCUCCAACCUCUCACCAUGCCUGUCUCUCUCAGCUACAGCUCCCGCAGCGUCUCCGGCUCCAGCGGAGGGGCUCCGUUUUUCGGCAACCAAACCCGCAUCUCCGCCGACGGCCCUUUCCAGAGCCGUGCGCCCAGCGUGUACGGGGGCGCGGGAGGUUACGGGACCCGCAUCUCCCAGAGCUCCUCGGGCUUUUCCUCCGGGUUACUCAUCCCGUACGGCGAUGCUGCAGUGAUCACCAGUGAGAAGGCGACCAUGCAGAACCUCAACGACCGCCUGGCCUCCUACCUGCAGAAGGUGCACUCCCUGGAGGAGGCCAACAGGAAGCUGGAGCUGCAGAUCAGAGAGUUCUAUGCGAAUAAAUCAGUUGCUUCCAGAGACUUCACUCGCUACUUUGCCAUCAUCAGUGAACUCCAAGCUCAGAUUGCUAAGAGAGUGUCAGAGAAUCAAAAUAUCAUCCUGAGGAUUGACAACGCUCAGCUGGCUGCAGAUGACUUUAAAAUGAAAUAUGAGGCCGAGCUGAGCAUGCGUACGAUGGUGGAGGGCGAUGUGUCUCGUCUCCGGGGGGUCCGGGACAACUUGACUCUUAGCAUCAGUGACCUGGAGAUGCAGAUACAAGGUCUGAAAGAGGAGCUGGUGUACCUGAAGAAGAACCACGAGGAGGAGAUGCGUCAGCUGAGGAGCCAGCAAACUAAUACUGUGAAUGUAGAGGUGGACAGUAAAGAAUCUGCUGAUCUGAUAAAGAUCCUGGAGGAGAUGAGGGAGCGGUAUGAAGCUGUGGUGCUAUCGAACAAGCAGGAAGCUGAGAAAUGGUUUAAACUGAAGCUGGAGGGUCUCCAGACGCAAAUCGUUAGUCACACAACAGAGGUGAAGACACAUCACAUGCAGCUGUCAGAGCUGAAGAGGACCUACCAGAGUUUGGAGAUAAGUCUGCAAAGUGUCCUCAAAGAGAUUCAGUGCCUGCAGCAGAAUCUGGAGGAGGUGAACGAUCGAUACAACAGUCAGCUCAGCCAGCAGCAGAUGAUCAUCAACACCCUGGAGAUAGAGCUGCAGCAGCUGCGAGCUUCAAUCCAGCAGCAGCAAGCCGAGUACAGCCUGCUGCUGGACAUCAAGAUGAGGCUGGAGCUGGAAAUCGCAGAGUACAGGAGGCUGCUGGAGGGCGAGUACGGACAAAAAAAGCAAUGGCUCAUCAGCAAGGUGACCCAAGAAAAAACAGUGGAGGAACAUAAACCCCACGUCGAGAGGAGAGUGAAGACCAUUGUGGGGGAGGUUGUUAAUGGAGAAGUGGUGGCCACCUCGGUUGACACCAAAGUACAGGACAUCCAGUAACGCCUCUGCUCCAUGAAACCAAGACGUUUUGAUAAUUUGGCCCCUAAAUCAUCAAUAAACUCCUAUCAUACUUAAUAAUACUAUUUUCUGAGAAUCAGUUGUUACCAACAGUUUCAAAAUGCUCUUUCAAUUUCAAGUUUUGCUGUUUACAAAAAAUUUCAAACACCUCUGUUUCUUAAGGGGAUUUCCUUGGUAUUUUUUUUUGUUUUUGUUUUCUUUGAUUACAGUUAUGUAGCAAAACUGAGCAAACGUGACCUUUCCGUGGUGAAUUGAUAUGUAAGAGACAAACAUAUGAUUAAAAGUAAGAAAAUAAAGAUAUAGAUGUGUGCCCCAAUUGUAAAUAUGCAAUUACAAGUGUAUUACAAAUCAAAAAGGUGGAUUACAGGUUGAACAUAGUCUUUUCAAAGCAUAAUUGAAUCAUAGAUGUAACCUAGUUGUAGAACAACAUGACUUUUUGUACAAAUAACACAGUGAGUUCUAAUAUGAUAACUCUGUUUUUGUUUGCUCAAGGUGUGUCUGUGUUUGUCUUGUGUGAAUA